GCAAACUGCACUGUUCGUAUUAUACCGUGAAUACAAAAUGCAAGGUUCCACGCUUUUUCUAAUUCCUAACCUUGCCCACGAGCUUCGUGGUGCCAGCACAUCAGAUCGUUUCGUGUAAAAGAGGUGGCAAGCCAACCCCACGUUGGUUGCAUGUAGGAGCCACACCAUUCGUAAAUUGCCUUCCAGCAGCGCAAAUGAUGCUUCUUGCCUCCCUUGUCAUGGCUGGCGUCGCGUACGCUUCCAGAGUCGACGACGCCCCAGCAUCAACCCUCGCGUGUUCAUCGAUUCAAUACAACACCGACUACUUUGGUAACGACAUUGGGUCCCCUCGUCGCGCCACUGCCGACGAAUGCUGCAACGACUGCUCUGCCAAUCCGGCAUGUGUUGUGACGGUGUGGUAUCACGGCACGUGCUGGCUCAAGAAUGCGGUCAGCACUCGGACCGAAUUGAAGAACGCAACGGCAUUGUUCCCCCGCCGACCUGACGGCAGAGCUUCCCCGAAAUCACCCCCCUCCUCGCCCCUUCCACUGAAAAACGUCCAGGCAGGCUUUGCAUACGCCAAAGCUCACCGCCAAGGCACGUACAAGCUCGUCACAGAGCUCAAGGGGUGCCAAACCCGCGCGGAAGCCAGUUCAGGGCCCAUUGCUCCGUACCACGAAGACAUGACGUUUGUGUUUCGAGGUCCGAUGGAUAUUUACAACAUUGCCAUCUUUCAACCGGGCGGUGGCGGCAAUGGGUGGUCGCGGGUGUCCAGCUACGAUCGAGCCGCCGGUGGGGCUGCCACCAACCUGGUGUUUAUGAACAACGCCAACCCCCAAAAGUACAACGGCCAGUCGCCGCAAUGCUACGCAUCAUCGAACGGGCUCGGGGCUUCCCAAGACCGGUCCGUGCAGUUUCAAGGACGCCUCAACGACGGCUCCAACCCCAGCGACGGCUACGGGGGCCCAGGAGUCACUACGGGCGCGGAAGUGAACAUCAUGCAACCUCAAAAAUGCACGGCGGACACGUGCAAGGGCUACUUUGACAAAACGUAUGGGAUGCAAGGAUGGACCGGCUCGAAAGUGUUUGUGACCAAGGUGAAGAUGGAUGGAGGGCAGGGGCUGCCUGCGAUUUGGGCGCUCAAUGCCCAGGCGGUACGAGCGAACCAAUAUGGCUGCAACUGCCGCGGCAUGGGCGAUCCUGGUGGAUGCGGCGAACUUGACAUUGCCGAAGCCAUUCAACGAGGCAGUUCAACGUUGUCGACACACAAUUAUUGGCUCAACGCAAACCCGUCCGACGGCCACGACACGUGGACGAGUCGGCCCACGGACGAACCGGCUACGUUUGUUACGAUUUUGGACGAGCGCAGCGGAGUGAUCAAGGUGCUGCGGCUUGGCGGAGACGACUUUGCUGCGUUCAAUGUCGACAAUAUAUCUGCCGAUGCAAUGGAUGCAUUGAUCCACCUUCCCGUGCAGUAAUUUAACGACAUCACCCUACUAGUAUUGGUUGUUUGUUUCAAGCAAGCAAUAGCACGUUGACGUGACGGGUGUCGAAUGCGCCUUACUUUAAAGCUGCAACCAUGCACGAUCGUCG